GCCUUGUGAAAUCCGGCGCUGAAAUCCUACAAAUUACAAUGAUUGAAACAUCAACAUUAGUUUAAGCGUUUUUUUUAUCAUAAAAACGAACAGGUCAGGUAUUUAAUUGAGUGCGUCGAUAUGUAUACCAUUGCACCUGAACUUUGUACGAGCAUUUUUUUUUAUGACCAUGCUUUGAGUGUAACACAAAAAUUGUCGGAUGUGUAAAAAUCGUAUGGUAUUUAAUACAUUCGCACCUGUCAAAACAAGCAAUUGUGAAUUUCGAAAUGGCGUCCGGACAGAGCUCGGUGAAGUUAAAAGUUGGCAUUUUAACAGUUAGUGACAGUUGCCAUUCCGGCUCUGCUGCGGACGCCAGUGGGCCCAACCUGAAAAACCUUACCACCUCAUUAUUAAUGAAUGGCAUAGUUGCAGCCCAAGCCAUUGUACCUGAUGAUGUUGAGGAAAUAAAGUACAAGUUGGUAGAAUGGAGUGACAGGGACCAUUUGAACAUCAUCUUUACCACAGGCGGAACUGGCUUUGCACUAAGAGACAACACACCUGAGGCCACGAAGGCUGUUAUCGAGAGAGAUGCUCCAGGGCUCACCUUGGCCAUGUUGAAGUCCUCUCUGGAUGUCACCCCUAUGGCCAUGUUGUCGAGACCUGUUUGUGGUAUAAGAGGAAAGACCAUAAUUAUUAAUCUGCCGGGAAGCAUGAAAGGCUCUGAGGAAUGUUUUCGGUUUGUGCUUCCUGCACUGCCUCAUGCUGUGAACCUGUUGUUAGGCAACCAGAGGCAGGUGGAGCAGACUCACCGGGUCAUUCAAUCGGAGCCAACUGCUUUAAGACCAUCCACCAUUCAGAGGGCUGAUAUUACUUGUCAACACUCUUCAAAAAGUCAAUCCAAACAAUCUGCAUCCCAAUGCAUGUCAGUGUCACAGACCAUCCAAAAUGACUCCACUUUGCCAUCACAUUCAAACUCCUCUAAACCUAGGGAUGCUGUUCAUGUGAAGACCAAAGAACUGCUAAAGCGCAAAAUGGAAGCUAAUAGGAAGGAAGAUUCGAGUGAUGUAAAAAAGCCUAGAACUGGUGAUGAGGAGAAACUUUUUGCAAUUCCUAUCUGGGGUACAGUUGGCCCCCACAAUGUUCGUCUUGUUGCAAAUCUUUCACAACAAGCUCAAGAAAACAUUCCGUCCAUGACAAGUAUUGCUCAAAGCAUCCGUCCAACUAUUCAGUCAAUCAAUAUAAGUAGUUAUGAAUCCUUUGACAAACAUUCCCAAGACAAUGAUUGCCACACACAGAAUGAAACCCACAGUCACAGUACAGUGGUUCAUGAUGUCAAUGUAUCAAAUAUGAAAACAAAAGUGCAUGAGAGCCGUGACCAAUGCAAACGUUCUUCAGCACAGUGUUCUCAUUUGGCAAGUAAAGAUGACAGUUAUAAUCCUAAAACUCCACAAUCACCAUCGAAUGAAACAGAGUACAACUACAUGUUCUCACCGUUAGACUUGUUCCACAGAGAUGAAAAGUUCGAUGAUAAAGAUAGUAAGGAUGCUGACCAUGGAAACAGGAACAAGGAUGAACACUCUGAUUAUAUUGAUAAGCAGAUUAAAUCAGUGAUUGAGAUUACAGAUGACAGCAGUGAUGAUGACUGUGUAAAGUCACCGAAAAAGUCAGUAGAGACUGCCAGCCCCAGUGGAAGACAUGUGACAUGUGAUGAGGAUAACACUGGCAUGGAAAGAUCGACCAUCGAAAACAUCGGCUCCGUCUGCAGCGUGCUGAGCUCUCAUUAUGAAGACAUCUCCGAUGAUGAUAAUGAUGACAAUCCAGAUUCAUCACAUUGUCAGACGAACAUAGAGAACAACAAGAAUAUCGCUAACAAAGCUGUUAUGAGUCCCUGGUAUGUCAAGAAAGGAUCACUGGCAGAGAACUCUGACAAAUGCGCUCAGUCUUCAAAUUCACUGAUUCCCACAGUGGUCAGUUAUGUUGGGAAUUAUAAAGUCAUUGCACCAAGUAACAGCUUCAGAAUACCUUUGGGAAAGGCUAAAAAGUCUCUCAGACAGAUUAAGGAUGGUAUGGUGUGCUUUGCUCAGGUUGGAGUGAAGGCCAAGAAAUGGAUGCUGGAACAUCCUCUGAUUCAGGGAACGUACUUCAACAAGGGAAAAAGGGACACCAAGAAAAAGCUGGUGACAAUGAGACGGCAGGCAACUGCUGUUGAUACUGGCAGCUAUAUACGUGGAGGGAUUAAAAACGUACGCAACCGUGUCGAUGAUUACUUUGAGUUGACAUCUGAGGGUCUUGAAAAGAAGCACAAGUUUGAGGAGCGUAACGGGAGGGAUGAGUAUGUUGUGAACUGGUACAUGUGGUGUCCGGGCCAUGGGAACUGCAGGCGGCAAUGUGGCGGAUAUGGAGAGUGCACACCAGAAUGCCCAGGUCCACGUCAUAAACAGGACCGACAUAACUGCUCGUUCAUGCUGUGUUGGAAGCUGUACCUCAGCGAUAUCAACCAGUGGCGAAUUCAGCUCUCUGGCAACCAUGUUCCAGUGGAUUCUGGAAUCGAAUGGAGACCGCCAACCGGGGAUCCAGAACGCUUAGAUGAAGACACAAGGGAUAUCAUUCUGCUUGCUGCAAAAUCGCGGGCGGCAGACAUAUAUCAAGUUAUAUCGCGGAGAUACAGGGACUCUGCGGCUCGUAUCAUACCAUCAUCUGUGCGCAUCAAGAGGUUCUUGAUGAAUAAGCAAAAAAGAGGCCAUCACGUAAAUAUUCCUUCUCUCAGUGAGACUAACGGUAAUACAAGUAAUAAAGAAAGUGAGCAAUCACGUGAGAAUCUAUCCAAAGGAGGGCAUUUUGUUAAUGAAGAAUCUAAUGACAGACCAAGCAUUGAAGCACCUCCAGUGCUGAGCUUGGAAACGCAAAAUGAAUCGUGCAAUAACCCACCAAGCGUUGCUAGUGACGACCACUUCAGUACGUACAGUGAUCCGCCUAGCGUUCCAUACAGCGACUACACGGAUCCACCCAGUGUGAGUUACACUGAGCCUCCCAGUGUCUGCUUUACAGAGCCUCCUAGUGUUGGUUACAGCAUAUACAGCGUCGAUAGCAACGAGCCCCUCAGUGUUGGUUCAUAUGAAUAUGAUUCUCCCAGCGUGGAGAGCAGCUAUCAGCAUGACGAUGGAGAUUAUGAUCAGCUGGAUAAUGAAGACCAAGACUCGGGGAUAUCUCAGAGUUACCAGCUGUCACAGCUCUCACAGUCAUCAUCGCACCACAUUGACAACCAGAAUAUGGUUUCUAAUAUUGACACCCGCAAUCUGGUGCAAUUAGGAUUGCCGCAUGUCAACACCAUGGAUAGGCUUGUUGAUUCUUACAGGAUUUCUUUUACUUCAUCCGAUGAUAACAACCUUGAUAUGUUAACAUCCAGUAAUUCCUUCAAUCAGCCAACGUCAUCUUGUAUGUCACAUAUGGAUCCUGUCACCAGUGCAUUCACCACGCCAUCAACCACCAUAUCAUCCAAUUUGCCUACACUUGGCAAUAAAUACGCUGAUUCUUUGCAGUCACAAAAUGCAUCCAAUGUUGAUCCUCUCAGUUUAUCUUUCAAUGAACCAUCUAGUGUAAUGAUCUCAGACGCCUUGAGCGUUAUUGACCAUGAUCUUCAAGAUCAUUUCAUAGACAGCAUCGACGCUGAUCUUAAGGUUACACAACAUUCCGACAGCAGUUCUCAUUUUAACUCUCAUUCUGUGGAUACAGCCAGCAGCCAUGCAAAACAUUUACCGUCUCAAAGACUGGUUAAUGCAGUAAUGAAUAGUGCCACUGUCAACAGCAGUAGGAAAACUAUAAGUCAGGCUUUACCAGGGCCCUUGAGUUCACUCAGACCAGCAUAUAGUCAAGCAAAUAUCAGUAAUACAAGUGAAGUCUCGUCAAAUAAUUAUAGCUCAUUUCAGGGAACUAGUUUCCAGUCAAUAAAUUCAGGCAGAGACAUUAGUCUGCAAUUUACUGCUGUCCCUAUUCAAGCAAGAACAUUCCAAUCUGUGAUGAGGGAUACUAAUAUAAUCAAGAACAUCGACUUGGGUAACAGCAAUUUAGCUGCAACAUCUACCUUUGCACAACCAACAUGCCUCAGUCAGGGUGUUCCUGUAAAUCGUCAGCAGAAUCAACACAUUUCUUUAAAUCAUGCCGACUUCAAUUUACCUUCUAAGAUGGCGGAUAUGACAGACCCGAUUCGCGCCUCGAGCCUCAUGCCGGUUUCCGUCUCCCAUGGGGCACCAUCAAUUGAUGCAACUGGGUCCCAAUUGCAGAUGAUGGACACUCCUAAUCCAGGAGUAAAAGGGGUACCGGCCAUGGGAUUAGAUGAAGAUGGGCAACCAUGCUACGGUUACUUUGUGUGCACAAAAAAAACUAAGUCUAAUAAUAUUAGGAAGUAAUGUCAACAAUGUCAUCUUUCCAAAAGAAAUACUGCUGACAUCAUUGUUAAUUACAAUUGCAUAUUGAUGGAAGUUUUUGAUAAAAAGGAUUUUAUGACCGUUCAUUUAAAAUAUUUCCCCCCUUAUGUAUUAUAAUUUGAUAUACUUAACUCAAUCUGUAAUAAUGUAUUUUAUAAUACUCAAAAACUUUCAAUAAAAUGUAUUUUUAGAUGAGGAAAGUUCAUAAGUUGUUUAAUGGUGGUAACUAAUAGAUAUAUUAGAUUUAUUGUGAGAAAGAAGGAUGAUGCUCUGUACAGUUCUAUUUGGCAAUAAUCUUAAGUUUUGAAAGAUAUUAUUGUUUAAAAUUUAAAACUGUUAUAGUAAGGUGUUUUAUUGCAGAGGUCUCUUUGGUUGACCAGUAUGGUCUGUAAGUUUCCAAGAAUUAUUUUGUUGCCUUACAAAUACAUAUGGCUGUUUUCAGAUUGUUGUUGAGGUAUUUAUGACCUUACAUUUUAUUUAUUUAAUGGAUUAAAAAAAUCUUGUAUAAUCUUAAGUUUUUAAUUUCAAACUUAAGGGUCUGAGAAACAGUCACUCAACUCAAAACUUAGUUUUUUUUUAGAUCUUGCAAGUGUUAUUGAUAUUAUGCUGUUUUGCAUGGUCAUGUUCAUGUUCUUUCCCCUGCAAUAUCAAUUUUGUGUUUGACAUUUAGAUAUAGCUUUGUUUUUAUAUAUUAAACAAUCAACUGAUUUGUGCAAUAUUAUCACUGAUUGAAUCAAAUCAAUAUUUUUAGUUAGACGUUAACUCGCAUCUUUACUUUUUUUAAUGCCUAUGUUUUCUUUCUGGUAUAUAACAAACAUUUAUCUCAUACACAAAAUAGAUUCUUUGCUUCUGAAGGUGAUUUUGUAUAUUUUUUUAUUCAUAGGAUUAUAAUUCAUUUAUUGAAAUCAGAAUUUAAAGCUGAGGUUUUGCUUCUGGUGUCAGGCUGUUUGAUGUGAGGAUUCAGUGCAUGUAUGCUAAUCAAAAUGCCUUAACAUUUAGCUUCUUACUUGUGUAUCUCAUCCUUUUUCACAUCUCAUCAUUGAAUUAUUCACACAGUUGAUAAUGAUUGUCCAUUUUGUAGUUGUUCCUUUAUGAUAUAAACUGUAUUACAUGUGUCUUUUUAAAGUUGUUGUGCCAUUUAUGUUGUUGUUUUUAUAGAAGACUUUUUAGUAUUUUUUAUCUCAUAUUGAUAUGUGUAUUUAAAAAAGGUACAAUAUUAUUGGCAUGAAAAAACAUCAGGUUGGAAAGGUAUGUUUUCCAAUAGAUAUUUGUUUGAAGUUUAGUGCAAUAUUUCAUGGUGCAGAGGUGCUCGCCAGGUCGGUUUGAAGGCUUUUGCUGGAUGGACGAUACUGCCUUGAGCAUUCUAUGAUGCAGUAUUUUUGGUUCCCACAAAGUGGUGGUUUUUAUUUGUUUGUCGGUAUGUUUGUCAGUUUGUCUGUUUUUCAUCUGUCCCAAAAAUAUAUGGACUGCUUUUUAAAAGCUGGCCGAAACUGCUACUGCUGAACAAUUUUAAUAUAUAUAGGUAAUGAUAGACGAAUUAGUUUUGGCUGUGAUACAUUUUGGCAGAAUCUUUUUGUUUUGCCAUUUUGGCCUCACAAAAAAAUACAUGAUGAAAGAAAAUAAUAUGCUCACUUUAAUUUAUGCAAAUCCAUUUAUAUUACUUCAUGUUUAUACAAAACUGUUAAAAGUCUUGUAUUAAACAAGUUAUGAAAUAAAAUUCUUUGAAGCUUUUUGCAUAUUCAUUUUGAUCUCAUGUUAUCUGCUUUUCAGGCCUUAAUGUCUUUCUUGUUUUAUUGAAUGCCAUAUUUAUAUCAGAAUUAUUAGGUCAUAUGUGUACUAGCAUUAACACUUGAUGAUUAUUAGUCAUGGUGAUUUGAACCUUUUUUCUGGGAAAACUGGAUUUAAUGCAUGUAAGUCAAGUGUCUUAAAAGUAGUGUUAUCUGUAUAAAAACCAAUACACAUAAGAUUUCAUUUGCUUAAAUCUAUUUAUAUUAAUCUUAUUAAAUAUAUUAAAUGUUCUAUAAACUGACACAAGCAUACAAAGCAGAUAUGAUUUAACAAACAUAUUUAGAAGAAGCUUAUUGUGCUACAGUGUAUCUAUAAAUGCAAGUGUUUUCUCUUUAUUAAUCUGCAUGUCAUGUGUUGUAUAUAUUUACAUUAUUCACCAACAUGCUAGUUUGAUUGGAAGUAGUUUUAUGACCUGGGAGUUAUUUGAUGUGAUAUGUUUGAAAUGGUAUGUUUGUUACGUGAAUUGUGUUGGAUGAGUUUUGUGUAGUUGUUUUUAUGCCCCCGGAUCGAAAGAUCGGGGGUAUAUUGUGUUUGGCCUGUCUGUCAUUGUAUGUGUGUGUGUGUCCCAAACCUUUUACCAAAACUUUAACCUUCUUCAUAACUUUUGCAAUAUUGAACGUAGCAACUUGAUAUUUGGCAUGCAUGUGUAUAUUGUGUUUGGCCUGUCUCUCAUUGUAUGUGUAUGUGUGUCCCAAACCUUUAACCCAAACUUUAACCUUCUUCAUUACUUUUGCAAUAUUGAACGUAGCAACUUGAUAUUUGGCAUGCAUGUGUAACUCAUGGAGCUGAACAUUUUGAGUGGUGAAAGGUCAAGGUCAUCCUUCAAGGUCAAAGGUAAAAAAAACUAACAAAAAAAACUUUAACCACAACUUUAACCUUCUUCAUAACUUUUGCAAUAUUGAACGUAGCAACUUGAUAUUUGGCAUGCAUUUGUAUCUCAUGGAGCUGCACAUUUUGAGUGGUGAAAGGUCAAGGUCAUCCUUCAAGGUCAAAGGUCAAAAAAAUAAUUCAAAGUGGCGCAUAAGGGGCAUUGUGUUUUUGACAAACACAUCUCUUGUUGUAUUUGUUGGUCAUGUGGCAACGGAGAUAUGUUGUUAUUAGUUCCUUAUGUGAAUGUUAAAGCCUAUGUCAAGGCUGUUGUUAUAACAUUUUAAUUUUUUAAAGAAUGUAAUUGUAUUUUGAAUUAUCAGAAAAAAAGGAGAUCUUUUUCAAACACUUAAAGGCAACCUUUUUAAUAGUUUAAUAUUUUGCUAUGCACAUUUUCAACAGAUUUGCCUUUUUAAUGGUAAUUUUAUGGUAUGACAUGUUAGAAAAAUAAGAGAAAUAAUAUGGACCAAGGGGAUACGUGUGGCCUUAUGUAUUUGCAUGGUAGGGGAUGUAUAUCAGAUUUUAUGUUGCGGAGAUUUACAGUAUGUGGUAUGCAUGUGAGGUGAUUUGAUAUUCAGAUAUCAUUUCUAUUGUGUAAGCAUGUUUUGUAGUAAAUUAAGCCUUCAAAGUAAUAUAUUGAUGUUGAUUUCGUUAAACAUGUUUUAUGCCCUGUUGGGGUCCAUUUCAAUCACUCCAUAUACUCAAGAAAAGGCUCACUCUGAUAUAUUAUAUUUUGUUGAAUUUAAUGUUUACACAUACGUAUAUACACUUUUAAACUGCUGAAAAUAUGUAUGAAUCUCAUAAUGUAUGCAUAAUAAUGUGUGUUGUUGUUUUUUACAAUAUGGAAUGUCAUGUCAAUACCAUCUGGGGUAUACAUUUAUUUGAAAACUCAAAGAACACUACAUUUUUGCUAAAUUUGUAGAAUUAUCCGUCCACAAAAGCUGUAAGACUUGUAUCUUUUUUUUAAAACACGUGUCCUCUCAAAGUGUUUUGGUAUUGAUUUUCAUUGCAACAAUAAUUUUAUUUGGGCAUACUUUUGUUAUGUUCGUGUUGAGGGCCUUAUUUUGAACAUGAAACUAUGCCUUAGCUUUGAUUUUGUUGCAUUUCACAUGGCAUUUAUUUCUAUCUAAUUGUUUUCAGUCUAAAAGUUUUACCCACACACUGCAAAUUCCACAUGUUAUUAUUUACUAAAUUGUUUAUCUAUAUUUGUAUUGGUGUUAUUAUAUUGUGCCAUAUAUUUUAUGAUGUUUUAUUAUAACAUGUGUUAACUAUAUUUUAUUUAAAAAAUGCGCGUCAUCAUAUUUUUGUUGAUAGACUGGUUCCAAAUUUUAUUAUCAGUGUGUUCCUAUGAGGUACGUUAUUGCGCCGAGGUGAUCUCCUGAUAUAACUUGCGGAACCAGUUCUGGAAAAUCUAUGAUACGCUGUUUAAAAAAAAGAAAAAAACUGAGACCAAAAAUAUUGUUCCCGAUUAAAUAUAUGUGUUAGUUGGUGUUUGUAAUAAAUAAACUGUUUUGAAUAAAACAAACUAGCAAA